UUCUCCUGCAGCAAAUCAAGAGGUCAUGAUUAAUGACCAGUUGCUCCAUUCCAUAAAAAAAGUCGACAUCACAGGCGCAUCCAUCAAGUGAGCCAUCUCAAAGCCAUGGAGGCCGUCACGAGACAGCACUUUUUCUUCCACGACCAGCCGGAAUACGCAGAACAAAGGGAAUCCUGCCACUUCUGCCAGCUCCGCGCCUUUCCCACCCACAAGACCAUCCCCGUCACCAUCGUCAACGAGGUCGACCAGGCCGUCAUCCCGCCCAACUUCCGCUUCGUCGACCGCAUGGUCCUGCGCCCCGGCGUCGAGCCCGCUGAGGAUAGCUUCCGCAGCGGCUGCUCCUGCGAGUCCGACGCCGAGUGCCAGUACAUGGGCUGCCUGUGCCUCGCCGACCUGGACGACCAGGACAGCGGCAGCGACGACGACGACGAGGGGGAUGACGGCUAUCGCAUCGCCAGCCAGCUCAAUGGGGACACGCUCGAUGGAGGGUCGCUUAAGAAAGACGAGGACAGGACGAAGAAGAGGAAGGCGUACGCAUAUCACUCGCACGGGGCCAAGGCCGGCCUGCUGCGGUCCAAGAUGCUCAACUCCAAGGAGCCGCUGUACGAGUGCCACGCCGGCUGCUCGUGCUCCAUGGACUGUCCCAACCGGGUGGUGGAGCGAGGGCGAACCGUUCCGCUGCAGAUAUUCCGCACCCACGAUAGGGGAUGGGGAGUCCACGCCCAGGCGGCCAUCAAAAAGGGGCAGUUCGUCGACCGCUACUACGGCGAAAUCAUCACCUCGGCCGAGGCCGACCGCCGCCGCGCCGCCUCCGCCGUCUCCCAGCGCAAGGACGUCUACCUCUUCGCCCUCGACAAGUUCACCGACCCGAACUCGCUGGACGCGCGCCUCAAGGGCCCGCCGCUCGAGGUCGACGGCGAGUUCCUGUCGGGCCCCACGCGCUUCAUCAACCACUCGUGCGAGCCCAACCUGCGCAUCUUUGCACGCGUCGGCGACCACGCCGACAAGCACAUCCACGACCUGGCGCUCUUCGCCAUCAAGGACAUCCCCCGUGGCGAGGAGCUGACGUUUGAUUAUGUGGACGGGGUGACGGGGGAUGGGGGCGGGAUGGAGGCGCAUGGGGAGAUGGCCAAGUGCUUGUGCGGGAGCCGCAAGUGCAGGGGGUAUCUGUGGUGAUUAGCUAAUGGCAUAGUUCAAUGAGGCAGUGAAUGCAUUUCAUCAACAAUGGUCAAGCUGACCAAGAGCAACAUAUCCGUCCAACUGCCUGCCACUCGCCAAUCUUCAUCCC